AUGUCGAACGUUCCGCCUACUCCAGCAAACGCCGCACCUCCUAGUUACGCCUACGCCUAUCCGCCAGGUUAUGCGGGCUACGCGCAGCAGAUGCCUGUUGCCGGACAAGCUACAAAUGCUAUGGUUCCCGAUGCCGCGGCUGCCGCUGCAAGUACUGCAGCAGGCAAUGGCUAUGAGGCUUGCAUGCAGCAGUAUCAGCAGUACAUGCAGUACUAUCAACAGCAGCAGCAGCUACAACAAGCUGGCUAUUAUGGUCAGGUAGCUGCGAUGCCUGCUGCCCAACCUCCAAAGCCCGUACAGCAGUACCCAGAGCAGCAGAAGCAAUACUAUGGUCAGUAUCCUCCAAGUCAGCCCCUGCAGAUGCAGCAGGCUGUCGCUCAGCCGCCUCCGCCGCCGCAGCCACUUAUGCAGCAGCCACCAGCAAGCUCAGGUUCCAGGUCAAAACCACUACCUCUUUUUCCUUCUACCGGAAAUGAA